AUGGCACAGUACUGCAAGACUGCCUCAAACUGUUUUGUGAGGAGAAUUAUGGUUAUGGCCGUGGCGGCAGCGGCCCUUCUCCCGCGGCGUCCGGGGGGAUGUGGCCUUCAUUGUAAUUCCCCUGAUGAUGAAGAGGAGGAGGAGGAGGAGGAGGAGGAGGAGGAGGAGGAGGAGGAGGAGGAGGAGGAGGAGGAGGAGGAGGGGGGGAGGAGGAGGAGGAGGAGGAGGAGGGGGGGGGGGGGGGGGGGGAACCAUGAGGACUUUUGGAAGCUGUCUGUAGAGUUUAGAGUUUCAGUCCAUUACAUCCGCCGGCUCAUUCCUCGCAUUCCUAAACUUUUUAUUUCAUGCUGA